GAAGUACGCAUUUCGUUAAAACCUCAAUUCGCACUUGGCACUUGAGAGCUCCGUCAACGUCGAGCCGUCACCCACCCGAUAUUCCCAUAUUCACAAUGGCCUCCCGCUUGGCGAGAAGUGCUCUCGGGGCUGCCCGUCUCCGGCCUAGCAUCGCUCCCCGCGCUCUGCCCGCCCUCUCGACCGCCAUCGCGGCGCGCAACAGCUCCGGUGUCCCCGCCCAGGACCCCAAGUCCAAGGCCCAGUCCCUCAUCGAUGCGCUUCCCGGCAGCAACCUCCUCUCCAAGUCGGCCAUCCUCUCGUCCUUCACCGGCCUCUCGAUCUAUGCCCUGAGCAACGAGUACUAUGUCGUCAACGAGGAGACCGUCGUCGCCUUCUGCCUUCUCAGCGUCUGGGCUGCCCUGAUCAAGUUCGGCGGUCCCGCUUACAAGGAGUGGGCUGAGGGUCAGAACAAGAAGAUCCUCGAUAUCCUCAACUCGGCCCGCGCCGACCACACCCAGGCUGUCAAGACCCGCAUCGAGGACGUCCAGCAGAUGUCCGGCGUCAUUGACGUCACCAAGAGCCUCUUCGCCGUCUCCAAGGAGACUGCCAAGCUCGAGGCUGAGGCUUAUGAGCUCGAGCAGCGCACUGCCCUUGCUGCUGAGGCCAAGACCGUUCUCGACUCGUGGGUGCGUUACGAGAGCCAGGUCAAGCAGCGCCAGCAGAAGGAGCUUGCUGCCACCAUCAUCGCCAAGGUCCAGAAGGAGCUUGAGAAUCCCAAGACCCUCCAGCAGAUUCUCCAGCAGAGCGUUGCCGAUGUUGAGAAGAUCGUUUCCGCCAAACAAUAAACAGCUAAAUAGCUACCCCAGUCGAGUUUUGACCCAGAUCGAGAUCCCCUUUGUUGUACCAGUGUCCAUACACACCCCUGUGCAUUUAGCCAAUUCAAAACUUUUGACUUGUUCUAUUUUGAUGGCCUCAAGGUGCGCUUUUCGCUUAUCAUGAGCUUUUGUAGCUGUGGAAGAAGUUAGGAAAGGAUCGGCAGGUCCCUAAGGGUUGAGACCUCACAACUACAAAACUGCAAGUCCAUGUAUUAUUAUGCUGGAACGUUGUCUCUAGUUGCACAGGGUCGGGUUAGAUCAGACUUCUAGC